AUGCGCCAUUCAUUGAGACCUGGAGAGGCGACAAGCCCGACCGAUGUUGUCCACAACGAGACUGAUCGCGGGAACUUCGGCAAGGAUAUCGACUACAACCGCGAGCGGUCGCCAAGCGAUGAUACUUCGAGCGAGCACUCGGCUCAGGCUGGUGUGAAGCGCAUUGAAGCUGUGAGCAAGGCGUGGACCAAGACUUCGCUCAUCAUCGCCUACGUCACACUUCUACUUAUUGCCAACGUUACAUCUCUCGAGAUCCAGGUGACUAGUCUCUUGACGCCAUAUGCCACGAGUGCCUUUGCUCUGCAUUCACUCGUCUCCACAAUCUAUGUAGUACAGGGUGUCGUAGCCGCGGUCAUCAAACCGCCAAUGGGAAAGAUUGCCGAUGUCUUUGGACGUCUCGAAUCAUUUACCAUUACCAUAUUCCUCUACACAAUCGGGUAUUGUAUGCAAGCUGGAUCCAAUAAUGUGCAAACUUUCGCAGGAGCCCAAAUCUUCUGGGCCGCCGGUUUCAACGGUCUGGGAGUUUUGCAACAGAUCUUCGUCGCCGAUACUACGGAUCUGCUCAAUCGCGCUCUUUUCUCCACCUUGUUCGACGUUCCCUUUCUUUGGACUACAUUUGCUGGAGCAGAAGUUGGAGAAGCGAUCCUGAACAACACUACCUGGAGAUGGGGAUACGGUAUCUGGGCUAUCAUCCUUCCGGUUUGCUUCAUCCCACUGGCUGUUAGUCUUUUUAUGAACCAGCGACGUGCAAAGAGCUUGGGUUUUGAUGUCCCCAGUCCAUUCCACGGGCACAAUACACUCCAGGUCCUGAAGAACAUCUGGAUCGACAUAGAUGGAUCUGGCCUGUUGUUGUUCGCGGCAGCCAUAGCACUCAUCUUGUUGCCACUUACACUGGCUCCAGGCGCAAGUGGUGGGUGGAGUAAUGGAAGUAUGAUCGCCAUGCUAGUCAUUGGCGGCGUACUGCUUCUUGCGUUCCCACUGUGGGAGACGAGCAAGAAGUUGGCACCAAAGGCAUUCUUUCCACCAAACCUCUUCAAAGAGAGGACGAUCAUUGCUGGUGUCUUGAUCGCAUUUUUCUACUUCAUGGCAUUUUACAUGUCUGUCUUCCCAUACUUUAGCUCUUACCUCCAGAUUGUACAGGGCCAAUCUCCUUCCACAGCCGGAUACAUCACACGAACCUUCACUUUCGCUUCAACCGUCUCAUCAAUCGUAGUGUCACUUCUCAUAAAGUACACAGCGCACUACAAGUACUACACAACCUUGGGCGCAGCCAUCUACCUGAUGGGCAUGGGCCUUAUGUUGGCAUACCGGACCGAAGACGCUUCAACUGGCACCCUCGUCGGCACGCAAAUCGCAAUCGGAAUAGGCGGAGGCUUCUUGAACGUCCCUGUCCAACUCGCUGUCCAGGCCUCAGCCUCCCAUCAACAGGUCGCGGCCGCAACAACAGUCUGGCUAACUAUCCUCGAAGUCGGAGGCGCAGUAGGAUCAGCAAUCUCAGGCGCUAUCUGGUCGACCUACAUCCCCGCCAAACUGCAGCAGUACCUGCCCGCGGAGAACGUGGCGGAUUAUUCGACUAUCUACGGCAGUCUCUUAGUCGCAGCAGACUAUGCUACCUACCCAGCUGGAUCCCCCGUCCGUAUUGCUAUCAACCGGGCCUACCAAGAGACGAUGCGGUACCUACUCAUUGGAGCUCUUUGCUGCGCAGCACCUAUCGUGCCGUUGACGUUUUGUCUCAAGAACUACAAGUUGGAUCAGAUGGACCAGAAGGUUGUUGGCAAUGUUAUUGGUAGUGCAGAGAAGAGGGAGAAAGCGAAGAGUUGGCGAUUUUGGAAGCGAUAG